AUGUCAUUUGAUAGAAACGAUAUCUAUUCAGCCCCCGUUCUCCAAGGUGAAGACAAUAACAAUGAAAAUAACAAUACAACAAUAAUUAAAGCUUUCAAAAGUUUUAUCCUAGAGUUCAGAUUAGAUUCUUUGUUCAUAUAUAGAGACCAAUUAAGAAACAAUUUAUUGGUGAAAAACUUUUUUUUGAAAAUCACAUUGGAUCAUUUGAUUGGCUAUAACGAAGACUUAUUUAAAAAAUUAAAUGAAGAUCCUACUGAUAUCAUUCCCUUAUUUGAAAUUGCUACUACUGAGGUGGCUUCUAGAAUCAUUCAGUUAAUAAAUAAAUCUGAUACCACUACAAAAAUUCCAAACUGUCAAUUGAUCUUAGAAUCUACCAAUAACAAUGCAAAUAUUCUAUUAAGACAGUUGACCAGUGAAAAUGUUUCUAAAAUAGUCAGAAUAAGCGGUAUUAUCGUAUCAUCUUCUCUUUUAGCGUCUCGUGCUUCAAAAUUAACAAUUAUGUGCCGUACAUGCAGACAUACGAUGAAUAUUAAUUUAAAUAAUUUUAAUACACUAAGUGGAAAUUCGGUGACUAGCUUGCCCAAGUCAUGCCAGGCAGAUCAUUCAACUGAAACUACGGGGACACCUAUAGAGUCAUGUGGUGCCGAUCCGUAUACUAUUAUUCAUGAAAAAUCCACGUUUAUCGAUCAACAGUUUUUAAAAUUACAGGAGUUGCCUGAAUCUGUUCCAGUCGGUGAAAUGCCUCGUACCAUAUUGAUGACCUGUGACAGGUAUCUAACUAACAAGUUGGUUCCAGGUACAAGAGUCAUAAUUACCGGUAUUUAUGCAAUUUACCAGUCCAAGAGUAUAGGUGGGUAUAAUAGCAGCAAUGGUGGCAGUAGUGGUGGCGGCUCAUCCGCUGUGGCUAUCAGAAAUCCAUAUAUUAAAGUGCUGGGAAUGGAAACAUCAAAUGAAAAUCCAAUUAAUUCGAUUUCUCACUUUAGUGAGGAAGAAGAGGAAACUUUUUUGCAAUUAAGUAGAAGACCAGAUUUAUACCAAUUGAUAAGCAAGUCAAUUGCUCCAUCAAUUUAUGGAAACGAAGAUAUUAAGAAAAGUAUAGUUUGUUUACUAAUUGGUGGUUCCAAGAAAAUAUUACCAGAUAAUAUGAGGUUGAGAGGCGACAUUAAUGUUUUAUUAUUAGGUGAUCCAGGUACUGCUAAAUCUCAACUUUUAAAAUUCGUGGAAAAAGUCUCACCAAUUGCAGUUUAUACUUCCGGAAAAGGUUCUUCAGCAGCGGGGUUAACCGCAAGUGUUCAAAGAGACCCCACUACUAGAGAAUUUUAUUUGGAAGGUGGUGCAAUGGUUUUAGCUGACGGCGGCGUAGUCUGUAUUGAUGAAUUUGAUAAAAUGCGAGAUGAGGAUCGUGUUGCUAUUCAUGAAGCUAUGGAACAACAAACUAUUUCUAUUGCCAAAGCCGGUAUCACCACUGUUUUGAAUUCUAGAACUAGUGUUUUGGCAGCUGCUAAUCCUAUUUAUGGUAGGUAUGACGAAAUGAAAUCACCUGGUGAAAACAUUGAUUUUCAAACAACAAUUCUAUCUAGGUUUGAUAUGAUUUUUAUCGUCAAAGAUGAACAUAAUGAAGCUAGAGAUAUUUCAAUUGCUAAUCAUGUUAUGAAUAUACACACAGGGAAAACAGGCGACACUGAAGCUAAUGGCGAUAAUAACAGUAGAAGCGAAAUUCCGAUUGAGACUUUGAAAAGAUAUAUAACCUAUUGUAGAUCCAAAUGUGCACCAAGGCUAAGUCCGCAAGCUGCCGAAAAAUUAUCUAGCCAUUUUGUCAACAUAAGAAAACAAUUAUUAAUCAACGAAUUGGAAUCCACCGAGAGAUCAACUAUCCCGAUUACGAUUCGUCAAUUGGAGGCUAUUAUUCGUAUAACGGAAUCAUUAGCUAAAUUAGAAUUAUCACCAGUGGCUAAUGAACGUCAUGUAAAUGAGGCGAUUAGAUUAUUCCAAGCAUCUACAAUGGAUGCAUUGAGUCAGGACCCAUUAACGAAUGAUAUGGGCGGCAAUAAUAAUGGUGGUAACCAAUUAUUGAAGGAUGUUCAACAAAUUGAAAGUGAAUUAAAGAGAAGAUUGCCCAUUGGUUGGUCAACUGCUUACCAAACAUUAAGAAGGGAAUUUGUUGAGAAAAGAGGCUUAUCUCAAAUAGCGUUAGAUAAAGCUCUAUACAUUUUAGAAAGACAAGAAACCAUUCAAAUGAGGCACCAAAGACAAAACAUUUAUAGAUCUGGGGUAUGA